AUGCAUUGCGGCGAAGAUGAUUCGUCGCCUUACUCAUCGUUCCAUAAUGGUCCCUACAGUUCCUCUCUAGCCUCAUCGGCUUCUUCUUCUACCUCUUCAGUUUGGUCGGAUGCAGCUUCACAAUCAUCCGACAACUCUUCUAUCACAAGCGCAUCCUCCGAUUCCGAACCACCAUACUUCUGCGCAGAUCAACUACCUCCUCCUACAACUGUUAUCAGCAUCUGCGAAAAGAACCCAAUCACCAAAUUUUGGCCACAACAAAGAUUAUCAGUGGAAGUUAGUCUGGAUCAAAGGCAGAACCCAAGGAGGACCAGUGUCGGAUCCAACACCCGCACAGGACAUCCUCCAACUUUGACACGUCAAGCUGAUCGGAAGGUCAAUUUUGUCGACAGCCUCGUCGAUUCCUCGGCUUUGAUUGUCGAAGCGAUUUGGCCCCUCUCAACAGUUACUUGCAGAAGCGAGAUGGGUAAGGGCGUUCUUCCUCUGCGUAUCUUCAUACAGGAAACCUUGAGACGAUCAAGGACUAGUUACUCGACUCUUCAAGUCGCUUUGUACUAUCUGAUCUUGAUCAAACCCUUUGUACCGAAGACCGAUUUUACUAUGGAGCAACCAGAUGACACGCAAUCAUACCGAGCUUUACAAUGCGGUCGACGAUCGUUUCUAUCUGCGCUUAUUCUCGCUUCGAAAUUUUUGCAAGAUAGAAAUUACUCGGCACGCGCUUGGAGCAAAAUCUCUGGACUACCCACGUUAGAGAUCAACCAAAAUGAAAAAGCAUUUCUCCAUGCCGUAGAUUGGGAGUUACACAUCACCGAAAAGGUUUUCCAACGUUGGACCGACAUUGUUCUCAAAUACACACCGUCGUCGCAACCUCCAUCCGCAGGCGCCUCUUCUUCGAGUGUUGCAGAACAAUCUGUCGAAUGGAAAACAAUUAUUCUUGGACUCAAUCCGGAAUUGGAUAAUGUGAAUGAGAUCAUAAGACCAUCUCGUAAAGAAGUCUGUGGCAUUGCGCCGAGCCCUUUCACGCCAUUGUCUGCCUAUCAAUUCCCUGGUUCCAAUGCAUCCUCUUCUACGGCAAAACAUUAUUCACCCAAUGUCAUGGAGCCAUCACCAUCGGUUGUUUACCCCACUGGUAGACCUGCGCCAGCUCUUGGUCUUCUCCCAACACCACGAUUGACUCCCCAGAGUACUGGAUACAACACUCCUGCUGUGUGUGCUGCAUCUUAUGUGCUCGGUAAGUCGUCGAUGAGUCUCGCUAUGACACAAGGGAUAAGAUUUUGUGGCAAUCAGGCGACUGAAAAGUGGGCAACCCAAUUGACCUCGUCUCCACAAGCAGAUCCUUCUAAUCGUCGAUCGUCCUUGGCCAAUUCAGUCUCGUCGAUGUCUUCACCAGAAUCAAUGGUUUCAGAUACCUCAUCAAGAUCAUCUCGUUCAUCUUCAAUCUCAUCUGCAUCGUCAUUGACGAGUGCGCCGAUCUCAGCAAAGCUGGACGUUCAGGCGCGCUGUCGAUAUGCGAGGCUGUGUAGUGAGAAGCAGAACAGAGAUGUUGUUGCUACAGUACCUGUCAUCUUUGGGGUAUGCGAAGAAGCGGAGAUGGAUGCGGCAGAGAGAGCUGCAGAAGCUGCACAAGCUUUACAGGAAUUGCACAGUCAUCCAAGAUCCAUGGAUUCACCCAAUAGAGCUGGUGCUAAACGAAGUAGGACUCAUUUAGUUGAAGCUUCCCUUCACGAAAAUGUACGAGAACUUUUGAUGCUCCCGGUCACCAACCAAGAACUCCCAGCUAGAUUUGUCGAGUCAGAUGGACGGUAUGCUAUGCAAACAAUGCCAACAGCUCCAUCUGGAAGAAAGAGACUUUGUUGUGCUACGGAAGCUGCUCGAGGACUCUCUCAAUCAAACAUGCAUCGAGCUCUUAAUCGCCCAGGAAUGUGGGACGGGAUACUAAAUUAA